AUGCCGCAUGGCGCGCAUGGCGCGCAUGGCGCACUGUGGGCCGUGGAGUCCUGGACGAUGAGCGGAGCUGGAAAGGCCUCGGCCUUUCUGACCGUGGAUCAGCCAGUGUUAUCAGCAGCCACACGUGCAAAACGGACUGCCAACGUGGGCAUGUGUGAUGGAGUGCUAGGAGAUGAACGAAUACAUGUGACCGUUGAUGCUGAGAACAAGCGCUCCCUGUUACUGGACGGCCCCAGCACCAGUGGCUUCGUGCAGUCCCAGCUGCGCUGCAAAGGGAGCCCGGAGCUCUUCAUGGGCAGUUGUGACGAUCCAUUGAUCCGAAAAGCUUGGCGCUGCGAGCUUCCUGAGCCGCUAGAGCUGAGCGAGGCCUUUCCCUACGUGGCGGCCAUCCUGCGAAGGAUGGAAGGAUGUCGGAAGCAUCCCAUGAAGGUCUUGUUGCUGGGUCUGGGUGGUGGCACCAUGCAAAGCUACCUGGACGCCACCUGUCCUGCGUCGCAGCUUCUCACGGUGGAAGCCUCUCCUGGAGUGCUCGAGGCGGCCAGGCGCUUCUUCGGCUUCACCGGCCCGGUGCACCUGAGCGACGCGCGCCUUGCGUUGUCCCAGCUGGUGUCCGAGCAACGACGCUUCGACGCCAUCGUGGUGGACAUCGCGGAUACGGUGCUGGACAGGUCGGAUGUGGAGCAUUUGAAUACCUUGCUGAAAGAUGGCGGUCUAGUGCUUCACAAUCACACCAACCAGCACAAAAUGAUGGAGCAACUCGACACCUUCAGGAGUAUCUUUCCAGAUGCGCAGCAGCAGUCCUUUGAGGGUGGCAAUGUGCUCAUGUCCUACACCAAGCAUGGACCUUCGCAGAUAGCGAUCCAAAGCUGA